CUGACACCAAGCCUAGGUCCGGCCAUCUUGUAACGACGAGGCGCUGUUGUCCGCAAAAACACCCCCAAAAUCCAAGAAUUCGCGUAAAUAAUUGGUGCGAAACGCGGCACAUCGCUUCUAGUGUGUGUUACAAGUGCGUACAAUCAUUAAACACACGUGUACGUACCUUAAAACCGCGUUAAAUUAAGAUUCCACGAAGAUUCUAAUUGUUUUGUGUUACAUUUUUGUGAGUGUGGUAUAUAGUUGUCUCCCAGGCACAUCGAUGAAUAUUUCGUAUUCGGAUAAAAGCUCAGCGUAUUCUCUCAAAUACCAAGUAGAAUGAUAUAGAAGUACUUAAAAUGCAUUCCUUUAGGAUAAAUUUAUGUCGGACUGGUCUUCGGUUAAUUUCCUCCCAAUAAGGCGUUAAUGAACAAAAAUGGGCUGAACGAUACGUGCCAGAUAGGGCGAUACAUCAUUAAAUAGAGUCUCGUAGAUUGGAAAUGGAUAAAGAAAAUGGAAAGGGCAACGAUAGUUCUUCCGGCCCGAGCAAGGUGUCCAGCGUACAAGAUCCAGCGGCCAUCCUCGAUGCUGCCAGCUUAUUUGGAGCCUAUUGGCCAAGGAGCGACGCCAGCACUGCCAAUCUGUUCGCGGCGGCCAGCGGCUUUGGACUGCCGCCCCACGCGGCCGCCGCCCUUCCUUUCGGUCUCCUGCCGGCGGCGGCUGCUGCCCAAGGCGGCCGCGGUGGUAGCUCGUCCAGUACUUCCGGCGGCGGUACCAACUUGCCGCCUAGCUACCCUGCCUCUUCGACGGCCGCGCCUUCGGGAGCGGCGGCGGCGGCUGCCGCUGCCUACAGCAACGCCGCUUAUUCCAGCACGUUGUCGGUUGCCGCUAGUCAAGCUGCCAGUUUGGGGAUGCCAGUAGCAAGUGCAGCAUGGUGGUCUAUGGCCUCCCACCUGGCUGCCCAAGACUACUUGGCCCGACUGCAAGCCUCCGGCCUGAAUUUUCCAAUGGGAGGGCCAGCGGACCCCUACGCUGCCCUAGGGCUACCAUCGUUGACCGGUGGUGGCCAUCACAAAUCGAAAAGUCCCUCCAAGUCGUCCAGAUCGUCGAGCAACAACAAAGACAAAAUGGCAGCGGCUGCUGCUGCUGCGUCGAUGGGGUCCUCCGGUUCCAUGAAGAUGGACCAUCACAAGUUAAACUCUUCGAUUAGCAUGAGCAAAACGUCAUCGAACAACAGUUUAAAAUACUCAUCGCCAUCAGGACUGACGAUACAGCCUAGCGUUAAAUUGCCCGGCACGAACUCCAGUGUUAGUGAUAGUAAAAGCCGGAAACAUAGUAGUGAUUUAAGUUACUUAACUAAGUUAGAUGUGAAGCAGAAGACUAGUAGUGCUUCGGUGUCCACUCCUCCCGCACCCAUAACUUCCUCCAGCACCAUCUCGUCCGUCACCACAACUUCCUGUGUGAAACCGCCAGCGGACUCGCCCAGUAUAUACUCGAACCCCAUGAGUUUGGCCAGUAACCAGGACAAAGGCGCCAUGUCGAUUUUAAAUAGUAAUAGUAGUCACAAUUCAGUCGUCAAUAGCAGUAGUUCCGGAUUGCCGUCUAGUAUUUUAAGUGCUGCAUUGGAAGGAAGCAGUGAUCCUAAUUCAAUUUUGGGUGGUGUUAGGUUGCCACCUGACACCGAAAUUAUCAAGUACACCUCUUCCAUCGUGGGACCCAAGAUUCCGGGAACCACCAAUCGCGGCAGGAAGAAGACAAUUUCCCUAGAUCCGCCUUCCGUCAGUGUUCUUCCUUCUCACUCCAGCACAGGGUUAUCUAUUGAGAGAACAUUAAAACGGGCAAGACUAUCGGAUGAUGAUACGCCAGGAGGUACAUCCAUGUCAGAUAGAGUUGAAGUCAUCAAACUUCCCGCCACCAAUGGAAGUCCAUCAGGUAUUUCAUCAUUCAACUCUAGUGAUGGUUCUGGAGAGGCCCCAUUAAAUCUUUCUCUCAAACCAAACUACACAACCAGUGGUAGUACUUCAUCUCUAAAUUCUUUAAGCAAUAUGAGUGCUAAUAUAGGAUCGGACCGAAUCUCUCGACGGAAACCGGGACCCAAACCGCGCCGCGUCAUUCCAAUGGAAUCGACACCACCCCCUCCUUCUAGCACUCCCAAUACCAUACUGAAUCAGUACUUCUCCGGGAUCGAUUCGCCAAGGCCUCCAAGUCGGAACGAGGGUUCGGACGGUGGUAGUUCCACUUCGUCCACGUCGGCGGCGCCAUCAGGCCCGUCGGGGACCGGAGGAAUCAGUAUAAUGAAUCACAAAGAGGGCAGACCGAGGAAUUUAGGCCGGGGCGUCAGCAAACCCAAGAAGAAUACGGUUGCGUCUUUGUUAGCGCAAAGUAGAGCAUUAGGAAUUAAGCCAGUGCCAAUGUUAGACCCCAACGCUUCAAUGAACCAGCAGAUGAACCUUUUGAAGUCGAACAUUUUGGCGGCUCAGCAGUACAUUUCCGAGGCGGGCGGUGACGAAAAAGCUUUAAAUAAAUUCCUACAGGAAAGGUUUAAGGGCACUUUAAGUGAUAGUAGUACGGUAGACGCUUCUGAUUCUGAUAACCUAACUGAUUCUAACCAUACUGAUUCAGAGAUCGAGACCGAGAUCGUGGCCAAGAAACAGAAGCAGUACGACGAGCGGUUACUCAGGGUUCCAUUGGAAAGAGGCUGGAAAAGAGAAACUGUUAUUAGAGGAGUUACUAAAAAUGGAGGAAUAAGGGGGGACGUCUCCUACGCUGCUCCAGAUUCUUCUAAUAAAUUUAAACAAAUGUCCGAUAUUACACAGUACUUAGAAUACCAAAAAAGCACAGAACUGACAAAAGACAACUUUACGUUUAGUUGUCGAGUUAUUAUAGGCGAUUACUUACAACCAGUACCUCCAGAAAUGCAGACUGAUGGCAACGAAUAUAUUUAUUUGACUGAAGAAGAUGUUACAAAAAGACUUGAAGAACUGAGAGCAGCAAUGCGAACAAGUUUACCUGUAGAACAACGAAUAGAAAUGGCCAAGAAACAGCAGGCUGCUCGUGCGGCGGCUCGCCUAGACAGAGAACAACAAAGGCUAACAAAGGAGUUAGAAAGAAAUGAACGCCAAGAAGCCGCACGAAGAGAACGGGAAGCUAGAUCUCAACAGCUAUUAGAGGCUAAAAGGAAACGCCAAGAAGAGUUAGAGAAACAAAAACAAGAAGAGCAACACCGGAAACAACAGGAGAGAGAAUUGAAAAGACAGCAAGCCGCUAUGCUAAAAGAACAAAUUUACAUACAGGAGAUCAAUAAACAACGAGAAAUGCUGUACACUGUUGAGUUGGAAAAGGAGAGGCGUCGACAACACCUGGCUUUAAUAAAGGCAAUGGAAAGUCGUCGAAAACUUGAAGAAAAAGAAAAAAGGAAGCAGCAACUUUUAGCUGAGAAACAGGCUAAUAAAGAAAAGAAACUGGAACAAAGACGGGUAGAUCUAGAGAUACUGACUGAACUAAGGAAGCCUUGUGAAGAUCUGGAAUUAAAUCAAAAACCGUUACCAACAUAUGAGCGAAUACAUGGACUAAAGCUCUCCGGAAAAGCAUUUGCCGACACAUUAAUGAUCUUCGAGUUUUUGCAUAAUUUCGGUGAAACUUUGGGUUUUGACAUGGACUCGUUGCCAACCUUGGAUUCAAUACAACAAGCGUUGGUGCCCAACGAUCAUUCAUAUGAGGCAGAAGAAGAACUGUUCUCGGUAAUAACACACCUUUUAGUUUGUGCCAUCGAAGAUCCUGGUAUUCCCAAUCCUGCCAGACAUACCACGAUCCUAGGUCAAAGUUUACGCCAAGCUGAUAUUACCCACGUCAAUUUAUCUGAGAUUCUGAGAAUAUACUUGUACGCAAAUGCGACGGGUGAAGUUAAAGCACUGACUGGAGUGCAUUUUGAGAGGGAUAGAGAAAAAAGGAUAGCGGAUCAUCAUCAAACUGAAGACGAAAUGCAACAAACAGUAGCUGGAAAAAAUUCCCAUUACUACGAGUUGUUACAUGAAAAUCCCACUUACAAAAUGUCAGACUUAUUAAAGGACAAACCCUUUAUAGCUUUGUCUCCAACUGAUAAAGCCGCUAUUCUCGCUUUCAUCUGUAACGAGUUAUUACAAAAUAAAGCUGUUACUAGACAAAUCGAAAAUUCUUUAGAAAAUAUGAUUCAGCAUAAAAAAGAGAAAUGGCUUUUAGACCAGAAAAUUAGGAAGCUAAAAGUUGUUCAUAGUAAGAAAUUGAGAACUGAAGCAUUGGAAAAAUCUCACAACAAAAGCGAGAUGGAAGAAGGUGCUCUCGAUUCACCUCAUUUGUUACAUAAAGACGACUUAUUGGAAGAUGAGGAGCAUGAGAUGAGCGACAAUGAAAGUGUCGGUACUCAACCAGAAGAGGAAGAAGAUGCUAAGUUAUCGGGCGAGGAACUAGCCAAAAAAUUAGAAAAACUCUCCCAAACAUCCGAAAACCAUCUGCAAACUAUAAAUACGUCCAUGUCACAAUUGCGAGCAGUCACUUUUGGAGAAGAUAGGUAUUUUAGAAGAUACUGGUCUCUCCCGCGUUCUGGUGGAAUUUUUGUAGAAGCAAUGGAGUCGGCCGAACCUGAAGAGUUUGAAGAACAAUCCAAAAACGAUCAAGUAGAGAACUUAAGUAACGGUAUUAGAAACCUGAAUGAACUUCAUAGUGUGAUUGAGAAGGUGGAGAAAAUUGAUGACCACGCCGACGACAAGGAAGUUAGCAGUAUAGUUGGGGGAUCUGACACUGAUAAAGAAUCUAACAUUGCCAUAAUUAAACCUCAGACUAAUAAUAACGAAAGUGAGCACAGGAAGACGCCGAAUAGAUUAGAGAACGGUGAAAUAACAGAAACACAUAACUUAGCAGAGUUAAAUAAGAGCGUUGAGAACAUAGUACAAAGUUUAGAAGAGAGAAUAGAGGCGUGCAAAGAAGAAAAACUUACAGAAUCUCAAUUACAAUCUGAUAUCAAUGAUGCGAAAAAUCUAGACGACAGUGAUUCUAUUUCUAAUAGGAAAUUUAAUUUAUUCGAAAGGUUAGGCCAAUGCAUGGAGCGGGAAAAUAGAACCGAGGAAGAUCUGAAAGCCGAAGUAAAGGCAGAGGUGAAGGAGGAACUUAAAAACGAAAUUUUGAAAGAACUAAAGCAGGAAAUUAAAUCUGAGAUAAAGACGGAACUGGAAGAAAACGACGAAUUCAAAUGGUUCAGUAUUUUACAUAAAGAUGGCUCCACGUGCGACGAAGUACAUCUAACGGCCGGGAAUAAGUGGGAUAACGGUAACGUAGGCGCCUGCACAAAAGAUAUUACCGAGUUAAAAAUACCUGUUUUCCCACCGCCUUGUUCGAACAGCGGGAUGAACUUACAUCAUAACUGUGAAAGUCCUGCUCCGCUCCAAAUGACGUCUGAAGAAAGCGUUCAGUUAGAGCUUAUUAGAAAGCACGGUAUGCCUUCGUCGUUUGAGAAGAAACCCGUACCUUUCGACCAGCGGUACGGCUGGUGGCGAAUUAAAACUUUGGAACAACUACGGGAAGUGCUAGAAAAUCUUCACGUUCGAGGUGUAAGAGAACGAGAAUUAAAAAGAAGUUUUGUAAUCAAUAUGCAGCAGAUGUACAACAAGGGAAAAUUAGUAAUUGAAGAGGGUUGCGACGAACUGACGAAAUUAAGUGGUGAAAAUAUCGAAAAUAUAAACUUCGUAGUCGGAGAUAUUCCUAUGCCGGAUGUACCCGGUUCAUGGAGCAAGGUCAUUGCACACAGGGUAGAUAUGUUUCUGCUAGAACAGGUUGAAGCAUUGGAAGACAAAGUUGCAAGCGCGAGUAUGCAGGUUAAGGGUUGGAAAAUUCCCGAACGGGACACUGACGAUAUUCCUUACGGAGAAGUCGUGAAUAUAAUAAAAAAUAAGCUCUCUUCGUUGGAAAUUAAUAUUGAGAGGCGGUAUUUGAAACCACCUUUAGGUGUCAACACUAAUAUCCGUUCGAGUACAGGCAGCAGUCAGGACUCUAGUUUCCAAUCUACAACCGUCGAAUCGGCCACAAGUACCCCCGUUAUAUCUCAACAAGUUCCACCACCCGACGAUAUACCCAAAGGCCUUGGAGUGUGGCGCGAAGCAGUGAACAGGGCCUCUACGUCUGCCCAAUUGGCUAUGUGCCUCUACUCCUUGGAAUCGUCGAUCGCCUGGGACAAAAGCAUCAUGAAAGCUGUGAGCGAACCUGCAGAAUUUAGCAUACAGAACGCCCGCAAAUAUAACAGCAAGCUCAGUAACUGCCAAUUUUGCCAUAGUGGAGAUAAUGAAGAUAAACUUCUCCUGUGCGACAGUUGUGACAGGGGAUAUCACACAUAUUGUUUUAAACCCAAAAUGGAAAAUAUUCCUGAGGGAGAUUGGUACUGCCACGAAUGUAUGAACAAAGCAACUGGCGACCGAAAUUGCAUAGUAUGCGGUCGAAAAAUGUCCACCACUGGUACCAGACUACUCGUCUGCGAGUUGUGCCCUAGGGCUUAUCACACCGAUUGUAUCCAGCCACAGAUACAUAAAGUUCCGCGCGGUAAAUGGUACUGCACAAACUGUUUUUCUAAGAAACCUCAGAAAAAGCCAGUGAAGAAAAAUCACACUAAACCUACAAAAGAAAACGAAUCGGCACCUGAACAGCCACCCGCUAGUCCGGCUCCGUCUCAUAGUUCAGUAACGACUAACGAUGACGUACCGACAACGAACUGUAGUCAGAACAGCGAUGUUUCGAAUUCGAGUUUAACCAGCGGUUUGAUUAACGCUGGUUCUCCGUCCACCUGCGCCAAAAAAGAAAAAGAGAAGGCCAACAAGAAGUUGAUGAAAGAACUGACACCGUGUAGACUUAUUCUUGAAGAUCUCGAAUGCCACGAUGACGCCUGGCCGUUCCUAUUACCGGUUAACACCAAACAGUUUCCUACCUAUAAGAAGAUUAUUAAGAUUCCUAUGGAUUUAUCCACGAUUAAGAAACGACUGCAAGAUUUGGUGUAUAAAUCAAGAGAAGAAUUUUGUUCAGACGUCAGACAGAUCUUUAACAACUGUGAAACUUUUAAUGAAGAUGAUAGUCCUGUCGGUAAAGCUGGUCACUGCAUGCGACAGUUUUUCGAAUCUAGAUGGAAUGAACUUUGUGCCUCCCAUAGUUGAGGAUUGUUGAAUUUUUAAGACUUCUAAUGUUUAGAUGAGCAGGCCCAAAUGAAUAUAUAAGAUGUAUAUUGUUGUGGUGCUUGGUUAGAUAAUGAAUAUUAAUCGAAAAUAAUUAUUAGAUUUGAGAAGCUAAUAGUUUUAACUUGUGGGGAGCAAUCAUGUCGGGACUCAACGAGAGAUAUAUACACAAUAAUUUUGUCAUUAAGUAUUAAUUAUAGACAUCCUGGCAUGUUUGCUUUAGACACAUAUUUUAAAUAAAUGGAUACAGGUAUUUUGAUUGUGUGAUACAUUCAUCAUAAUGUAUUAUUUUGAAUAUUCCAUAUUUUUGUGGAUGUAUUUUUUAGAACAUUAUUAUAAUUAAUCAGUUUAUAGACUUAAUAAUUAUUAGUUUGUGAUUUUUUACUUAAAUUGAUUUUGUAUUUUUGAUAUGUUUAUGUAUUUUUUUAACGUUUUAAUUUAAAAUAUUUAUUUAGGAUUAGGUUUGCUUGUGUUAGUUCAGUUGUGACUUUAUGAUAAAAGAACAAAAUAGUUUGCCAGACUGUCGUGAUCCAGGUUGGCUUUUAUUUUAAUGUGUAUGUUAGUCUGAUAUUUGUAUUAUAAAACUGUAAAAAUCCCUGGAAGCAAGGAGCUCAACUUUAAAAUUAUGUAUGCUGUCACAUGGUCGUUUAUAUAAGCCGAGUAAUUAUGCAAAAUCUAUUUAAAUCUUAAAUGUGUUUGGUAGACUAGUUCUGAGCAAAGUAAAUUUUGCCACCUUUAGAACUAGGGAUUAUGUACUUGAGUGUAAGAUAUUUAUAUUAAUUAU